AUGUGAACAUGUGAUGCGAGUAAAACUUCUCUUACUCGUCAGUUUCAGCCUGGCUGGUGUUUGAGAAGGAGGGACGUACGGUCCUUUUCCCGUGGCCUCCGCACGUGUCUAUCCUAAAAGUGACAUUUUCGUAAACCCUUGUUUUCCAGUGCUGUGGUUUCGUUCAAAAUUAUCGUUUUUGUGUUUUGAAUGUGGUCUUGAACUGCAUAGAAUAGUAUUUUGUAAUAUAUUAGUAGCCGACGUUGUUUUUAUAGUCCAGGUAGAUCAAUUUUUUCCCCUAAUUUAAUGUCACCUGAAUCAUGUCCAUGUCUGUGUACGCAGACGGCACGAAGUGAAGUGUUAUUAUUAGUGCUCUGCUAAAACUCUGUGCUUAAUCACUUUCUUGGAUUUAUAUACAGUUGUUCAGCCUGCAACAUGGGAGAUUCUGGAGGUACCGCAGGCGUCGUGGGCCCGCACGUCGAUCCGCAGGAAGCCGUCGACCAGCUCUUCGGAGCCGGGCGCGCCCGGGUCGUCGAUGCUGUGACCUCGACCAGGGUGACCGAGCGGGAGGUCAUCCUGGUCAAUGGCGUGCCCGUGCAACUGGUGGGCGACGACGGCGACGCCCUCAAGGCGGCCCUGCUGGCCGGGCGGCUGCCCGACCAGGCCCUGGUCAACAGGGUGCUGGCCUCCGUCCUGGGCGCCGACCUGAGGGGCGUAACCAAAGUGGAGAGCAACCUGAAGAUGACCUCCCGCGUGACCACGAAGGACACGCUGACGGUGCACCAGAACGGCCGCGUCGUGGACGAGAGGUCGUCCGAGAGCCACCUGGACACCAGUCCUGCAGGGGCACUGCGCCGAUACCCUGCACCCGCUGGCGGCGCCCUCCUAUGUUCUCCUCGUCCGCCGCCUCCUCCUCCAACUUCUCCAGUUCGUCAUCGCCUUCGUCUCUCAGCUCCUCGCCCUCUCCCCGGCCGCCUUCCAGAGCGAGCAGCAAAUCGUCCUCGCCCUUGAACGGGACGAGCACCGCGACGAAUUCGCCGGCGCCCUCGAGGCUCAGUCGCUCCAGCUCGUCCUCCAACAGGGGGAAGAAGCAGAGCGCGACGACUCUGAGUCCCGACUUGGUGGAGGCUCUGUCGAGGACAGGGCUCGCUGCCGAU